ACAGUGAGUGUUGGCAGGCUGUGAGUUAACUUACCUGCUGCUGCUGCUGCACGCUAUCACCUCUACAACUCACCUACAGCUCCGCGUCUGGGAUAUCCCAAACUGUUGUACCAGCCGUCAAAGCGAGGAACCUCCCAGGUGAUUUCACAGCGUGAAUCUGUUCCAAGACAUGUCGAGUUUAAACAGACAUUUUUUCUUUAAGUUACCUGCAGAAUAUGAAGUACAAACUGUUUUGUGUACUUACCUUCACUGACUAUGAGCACCAAGCCAACCACUGCGCACAUACUCCAAACCCAUUUACGCAAAUCCAUUGAUGCGAGAGAUGCUCCUCAAGCUCAGUCUGCAGCCAAGAGGAGUGAAGGACUUCUGAAAAGAGAAGACAAGCUGAAGCAUUCCAGUCAAUGCAUCCUCCUCCUCAGUGACACAAAGGGGACCAGGGCUAUAAAAGAAGUGUACGUUCCCUCAACAUUACACUCUCUUCUUCAUCUUCUUCGGUCCUCCUCUGUCAGCAUUCGGUCUCAACGAAGGAGCUAAGAUGACUUUCUACGAUGACAUUUACCCAUUCUACUCUCUACAAAGGACCUCCUUCAUCUUCAGUGGCCGCUUGCUCACCAUUAUUUUGGUCUUCCUUGUGCUAGCAGUCAGUCUUCUUCUCAUUCUGCCUGGGAUACGAGGGAAGUCGAGGCUGUUCUGGACGUUUCGGAUAAUUAUCAGCUUGUUCAUAGGCGUGGUGAUAGUGGCGCUCAACUUUACCAACGACUGGGCCGAGGCCAGAAUGACCACAAAUGCCACCUACAAGUCUUUCAGCAACGCAGUGAUUAACGCUGACAUCGGCUUGCAUGUUGGGCUGUACGGCAUUAAUGUGACACUAAGAGGGAAUCCUGUUGUGCAGUUCAAUGAGACCAUUGACUACAAUGAGAUGUUCAGCUGGCAUGACACUAUGGAAGAUGAGUAUGAGGAAGCUCUGGAGAAAGGCUUACCCAACCCCAUCCUGUACAUUGCUGAGAAAUUCACCCUGGGCAGCCCAUGUGGACUCAUCUUUCAGUACAGAUACUCUGGACGAUACGCCUCUGCAACCCUCUGGACGGCGUUUUGCUGCUGGAUGCUCGCCAACAUCCUCUUCUCAAUGCCGGUCAUUCUGUACGCCGGAUACAUGAUGUUGGCCACCGCUGCCUUCAUCUUCUUCUCCAUGGCCUCCUUCUCCACCAUCAUGAAUGUGCCACAGUGUGUUUUCUCCAUAGGGGCCGACUCCUUUGAGACCGAGUACAGCCAUUCAUUCUGGCUGGCUCUGGCUACAGGCGUGCUGUGCACCGUCAUCGGGGUUCUGGUGGUGAUGUUGAACUUUCUGAUACCAGAGAAGAUGAAAGAGGCUUUCAGCGUUGGCGUCGACAGUUAUGAAGACGAGGAUGUUCCUUACGGGGAGGGCUACCUGAAUACAGUUUUUCUUGAUGGAGUGACAAUUUCACCACUGACAUUGAAAGUCAAAACGGAACAUGUAUGAAGCCGUCCUGGUUUCCCUCAGGGAGCUUUUCCAGACAAUAAUACUUGAAGAUAUGUUUUGCUGAGUGUGUUACAGAUGGAGUGUCUAAUUUCACACCUGUUUGAAUUAUCUAUACAAGCCUGUUAAGUGUUAUAAACGAUUGAACUGUAAAUAGUUGUAUUUGUAAAGUUCAUUGUCAUGUUGCUGUAGUUGUAAAUAAUGUAUGGGAUCCAUACACACUGUGUAUAUACACUGAUCAAUAAGGAUUAAAGGUCUGUCAUUGUUCAACUCUUUUUUUUUGUCAUUAGAAUUGAAAGACGAGACAAAAUAAUUAAUAGUUUGAUAUAGAUUACUUUUUUCAUAGCCUCUUCAGGACUUCUUGUGACGCAUGCACGUUGCCAUGGCGACAGCAUGUGGUUUAAUUUGCGCAUAGUUCCUGAGCUCAUUGGUUGAAGCAUCCUUCUUUCACAGCACGUGAGAUCCAUAUAAAUGUGAAAACGCGAGAGGAAGAAUGAAUCCCAAACUGCUUGGAUAAGAACAAUUGAUUCAUCUCUAAUAGAGGCAAAUGUACUUUAUGUCAUGUCUGUUUGUAAGUACUUCUUUUUACAGUAAUAAAAUAAAAACAACAACAAGCAUUCAUCCGUGAGAUUGUAUUCUUAGUGUGUUAUAACAUUACAUUCAUCCAGUAAUGUAUACUUUGAUACAUUCUUGUACUGUACGCUCUGGUAAAGGUAAUGAUCACCCAUACUGUGUGUCUUUGAGAAGUAGGUGUGUCUUUGGCCUUCAGCAUCACCAUAAUACACAUAGUUUAGUGCCUUUGUACAGCAUAUUAUUAUUUUCUUUUAAUACUUACUGUAAUAGAUUAUCAUGUCGGAUUGAGAAUGAAUCCCUGGUCAGUAAUUCUUCAUAAUAACAUGCAUAUACUGUAGGAGUAAUAUGGCCUUUCCAACCAAGUCCUUGAGUAAUCCAAAGUAUUUACAAUAGAAGUACAUUUUUUAAACUCCAUACACAUUAUAAAAA